AUGCCCCCUGCUUUCGAUGGUAUCUCCGGUAGCUUUAAGGAUUGGCUAAGACGUUAUGAGCAAUGUGCCCUUGCCGCCGGAUGGUCCACUCAACAGCAGGCAGAACGCCUUGGUCUGUACUUGAAGGAACCCUUUCUAUCUGGUUGGGAUGCUUAUGCUAAGAAGGUGAACUUCGAGGAAGACAAGAAGUCCCUCCUGAAGAUAUUUGAUCAUGUCCGUCCCCACCGAGCCCUGAAACAGUUCCAAGAACUACGCUGGUCCAAAGGUCAGCACCCGGCUCUCUAUGCUGCAGCCCUACAACGACACCUCAACCGGUACUAUACCAAGGAGAAGUUCCCCGAACUCUCUGAAGCGGACAGGACUAAGAACAUGGAGGAGAUGAUCAUCGACCGACUGAAGGCAGAUCUACCCCCCAUGGUCCGGUUCCAGCUCCUCUUGAAAGAGCCUAAGAACCUCAAGGAGGCCU